AUGGGUACAAAAAUAGACAUAAACAGUCCACUAUACCUUCAUCCAUCUGAAGGAACUACUUUGAAUAUUGAGAAACUGGAAGGGUCUAGCAAUUAUAGAUCUUGGAGAAGUUCUAUGGAAAUUGCCUUGGAUUCAAAAAGAAAGCAAGGUUUCAUCACAGGGGGAGAAAAGAAAGAAACCUCUGACUCUAUUAAAGCUAAAGCAUGGGAGACUUGCAACAACAUGGUGAUGGCUUGGAUAUUGGGCUCUACGUUUAAGUCUAUUAAGAAGUCUGUGAUGUUCAUGCAAAGUGCAGAAUCUAUAUGGAAGCAACUUGAGAGUAGAUUUGCAGUCCCAAAUGGCUCAAGAAAGUAUCAGUUGUGUAAAGCAAUGUUUGGAAUUAAACAACAAGGAACGAAGGUGGCAGACUAUUAUACUGAUUUGAAAUGCUUGUGGGAAGAAUAUGACUCUUUAAAGGACUUGCCAUUAUUAACUAAGAUGAAUACAGAGAUGACUGCCUUUGUUAAAGCUAUGAGAAAAGAAGAAGACGACCAAAAGCUUUUUCAAUUUAUAAAUGGUCUAAGUGAGCAAUUUGGAACUUUGAGAAGUCACGUCUUAAUGCUGACACCAUUACCUUCUGUGGAGGCUGCUUGUGGGAUGUUCCAGCGAGAAGAGUCUCAACAGGAGAUCUUUACUCUUCCCAAGGAGGAACAAGAUGCUUUUGCAAUGUAUGAAAGUAAAAUUGAGAUGAAAUGCACAAAUUGUGGCAAAAUUGGGCAUACAAUUGAGAAAUGUUGGGCAUGCAAGGUUAUUUUUGUUGUCAGUAGGUAA